AUGAGCUCCAUAUGGACGGCAUUCCUGCCUCUCACGACCAUUUUCACCGCUCCAGCGGAAUGUUGGAAUUCUGAGCCAUGGAUUAUCCAAAAUGUGGCCACAACCUGGUGGAAGCAGGGUAGUGACCUUGUUGCGAGCUGCUUUCCGCCAGCCUUCCCUUUCUCCCUUUCUAGCAUCAUUUACUCGCCGGGUCUCUGUCCAGAGGGAUGGACAAGUGCUUGCGACCGACAGAUAAUGUCGAGUGGACAAGAACUGAAAGUUGUGUUGUGCUGUCCUGCUGCACGAUUGGGAGGAUCAAUUCGGUUGCGCAGCUCCGUAUUCUGUCGACAAAGUGGGCUAGAAGAUAAGCUCAGCGAACAUGACCUCCCUCGGCGUAUGGGCUUGCCAGCGGCGCGAGCUGAGGCCCAAUCUACUUCCAUCAGCUCAUCGUCCGACUUGCCUUCUCGAACAGGGCUACCAGAACCUGCAUCUACUGCCAGCUUCGCAGCAUCUUCGACUUCCGCAUUCUUACCAGUAGAUACUACACCAUCAAAUCCCUCUGGCACUACCAGCGAUGGGCUCUCGAAAGGCAGCAUUGCAGGAAUCGCUGUAGGCUCUGUGAUAGGCAUAGCACUCAUUAGCCUCCUCAGAUAUAUUGCACGGGCUCUCCACCGAUGUCAUCGCGGUAGUGGUAAUGCCAGUCUACGGCCUGUGGUGCAGGAUGCGGAACAGCAUGGCAAGGUUCAAUCUGAAGCGACACACUAUCAAGAUGCCACGCCUACAGAAAUGGGCGCUGUGGAGGAAAGAGCCAUAUCUGAGCUGACUGGACGUUAG